AUGACUCGACCGUCAAUUCGCGCUUUCCAAUUUCUUUGGCGCCCCCAGAACAUCAAAACGCGGUCUCUGCGGCUAAACUCCACAAUGACCCAGAACCCUCGCAUCGAGUAUAAUUGGAUCAAGGGGGUGGAGACACUUGAAGAAUACCGACCGGGGGGUUAUCAUCCUAUCAUGAUCGGGGACCUACUCCAUAACCGAUAUCGCAUUGCCGAUGAACUCGGCUCCGGGGGCUAUUCAACCGUUUGGCUUGCCCGUGACACUCAACUUAAUCAAUACGUCGCUCUGAAGGUCAAUGUAUCGGACUCGCAGCCGCGUGAGACGCGUGUUCUCAAGGGGCUAUCUGCCUCGAUAUCCUCGUCUAUACACCCUGGGCGUAGUUCGGUGCCCAUUUUGCGCGAUGAAUUCCACGUCGAGGGUCCAAACGGAACACAUACUUGUUACACAAUGACCCCUGCACAAAGCAAUCUCAGGCAAAUUUCAUUUAGCCGUCUGUUCCCUCUCGAUGUUGCUCGCGCCCUAGCAUAUGGAGUUACGCAGGCCGUCGCGUACACUCACUCACAGGGCUAUGUCCAUGGAGACAUUCAUUUGAGCAACGUUCUGGUCAAACUCCCGUCAACGUUCGAUGGCUUGUCAAUUGAGCAACUAUAUAAACAGUAUGGCGACCCCGAAACAAUUACCGUCUCACGAUGUGACGGCGAACCCCUACCGACGAACGUCCCGACUCGGGUCGUCGUGCCGUUAUUCCUGGGCAAAUAUGCAGAGAAGUUCGUACUAUCUGACGCCCAGCCUCUGUUAAGUGAUUUCGGCGAGGCCUUUUCCCCGGCGACAGAGAUUCGCCUAGGGCAAGAUUGCCACACGCCUCCCGCCUUUCGAGCUCCGGAAGCCAAAUUCGAGCCUCAGGUUCCGCUGACAUACGCGUCGGAUAUAUGGAGUCUGGCUACGGCAAUCUGGGAGAUAAUCGGAAUGAAGGCAAUCUUUAGCACUGAGUAUGUACCGAGUGAUGAAAUAAUAGCUCAACAUGUGGACGUACUUGGACCGAUGCCUUCUGACUGGUGGCAUCGCUGGGAAGAAAGGUCUGUGUUUUUCGAUGAGCACGGUUGUACAACGGAGUCUUACAAGGAGAAUCAAUGGCCGUCACUUGAGGAGUCAUUCGAGGUCUGUGUACAGAAAUGGAGACGGAAAGUAGGAGGGGAAGUCGCAGCAGCUGAGAAAGAUGCGUUCCUGGAACUCAUGCGCCAGAUGCUAUUGUUCCGACCGGGAGAGCGACCGACGGCAGAAGAAGUACUGCAGUCGGAGUGGAUGGUCAAAUGGGCAAAAGCUGACUACGACCGGCGGUAG